UGCAUUUACGUGAAUUCCGUGAAUGUUGUGAAGAGCUGGUGCGAAAAAUAAAUGCCAUAAAUCAAUUGGAGUUACAUAAAGUGAAAAUAAAAGUCGUCUCCAACGAAAUUCUACGCCACGAGAUCCAUUUCCGCAGUGUAACAACAACUACAGCAGCGAUAAAAGUAGCAGCAAUAGCGAGAAAGCCAAACCAAAAAUUCCAGCGCUUCGAAAAGAAUUUGUCAGCCAAAAAAAAAAUUACAUGCAAUUUGGCUAUAAUCGACAUUUUUCUGUUGAAAAAGUCGUCUUCAUUGCCCGUCGCCUGAGCAAGAAGAGAAAGAGAGAGUGAGCGCGCGCGGCAACCAAACAAGAGAAGAAGAAUAGCAGCAACAACAAUAACAGAAGUGCCACUGCAAGCAAAUAAAAUUCCCAUUUAACAGUCAGUAAGCAGAAGCAGUCAAGAGUCGUCGUCGUUGUCAGCAGCGCCACAACAGUCGCCAACGGUCGUCGUCGUCGUUGUUGUCGCCGCCGUCGAGUUCGAGCGAUAAGAGCGCCCGCGACUCGGCCACUGAAAACAGAUUUUUCUUCGCCCCCAAGUUUGAAUAAAACCAGCGAAAAUUAACAAACUAACUACAAUGGCACCGGUGCGGGGGGAUGGCAUGAGAGGCCUGGCCGUAUUCAUAUCGGAUAUAAGAAACUGUAAAAGUAAAGAGGCCGAGGUAAAGCGCAUAAACAAAGAGUUGGCCAACAUACGCAGCAAAUUUAAAGGAGACAAAACGCUGGAUGGGUAUCAGAAAAAGAAAUAUGUGUGUAAGCUGCUAUUCAUAUUUUUGCUUGGACAUGACAUUGACUUUGGUCACAUGGAGGCUGUCAAUUUGUUGUCCUCCAACAAAUACUCGGAGAAGCAAAUUGGUUAUCUCUUCAUUUCGGUGCUGGUCAACACAAACAGCGAUUUGAUCCGCCUCAUCAUUCAAUCCAUAAAGAAUGAUUUGCAGUCACGCAAUCCUGUGCAUGUUAAUUUGGCUCUGCAGUGCAUUGCCAAUAUUGGUAGUCGCGAUAUGGCCGAAUCGUUUUCCAAUGAGAUACCCAAGUUGUUGGUAUCGGGCGAUACUAUGGAUGUGGUGAAGCAAUCGGCUGCGCUUUGUCUGCUGCGUUUGUUCCGUUCGUCGCCGGACAUCAUACCCGGCGGCGAAUGGACUUCGCGCAUCAUACAUUUGCUCAAUGAUCAGCACAUGGGCGUGGUAACGGCUGCCACCUCGCUGAUCGAUGCUCUGGUCAAGCGUAAUCCGGAUGAGUACAAGGGUUGCGUGAAUUUGGCUGUUUCCCGGCUGUCGCGCAUUGUAACCGCCAGCUAUACGGAUUUGCAGGACUACACGUACUAUUUUGUACCGGCUCCUUGGCUCUCGGUGAAGUUGUUGCGUCUGCUGCAAAACUAUAAUCCUGUUACCGAGGAACCGGGUGUUCGUGCACGAUUGAAUGAAACUCUGGAGACGAUUUUGAACAAGGCACAGGAGCCACCAAAGAGCAAAAAGGUUCAGCACUCGAAUGCAAAGAAUGCGGUGCUAUUCGAGGCUAUCAACUUGAUUAUACACAGCGAUAGCGAGCCGAAUUUAUUGGUGCGCGCCUGCAAUCAGUUGGGCCAGUUUUUGAGCAACCGCGAGACAAAUUUACGCUAUUUGGCUCUGGAGUCCAUGUGUCAUCUGGCCACAUCGGAGUUUUCGCAUGAAGAGGUCAAGAAGCAUCAGGAAGUUGUUAUAUUGUCCAUGAAAAUGGAGAAAGAUGUAUCGGUGCGACAAAUGGCCGUCGAUUUAUUGUAUGCCAUGUGCGAUCGUGCCAAUGCCGAGGAAAUCGUACAGGAGAUGCUCAACUAUCUGGAGACAGCGGACUAUUCCAUACGCGAGGAAAUGGUGCUGAAGGUGGCCAUAUUGGCCGAGAAAUAUGCUACCGACUACACUUGGUACGUUGAUGUCAUACUUAAUCUCAUACGCAUCGCUGGCGAUUAUGUUUCCGAAGAGGUCUGGUACCGUGUUAUACAAAUCGUCAUCAAUCGCGAGGAGGUGCAGGGCUAUGCUGCCAAGACAGUUUUCGAGGCACUGCAGGCGCCCGCCUGCCAUGAGAAUAUGGUAAAAGUGGGUGGCUAUAUACUGGGCGAGUUUGGCAACCUGAUUGCUGGCGAUUCACGUUCAGCACCAUUGGUUCAGUUCAAGCUCCUGCACUCCAAAUAUCAUUUGUGCUCCCCCAUGACGCGCGCCCUUCUACUCUCCACAUACAUCAAAUUCAUCAAUCUGUUUCCCGAAAUACGAACCAAUAUUCAGGAAGUAUUCCGUCAGCACAGUAAUUUACGAUCGGCGGACGCCGAGCUACAACAGCGUGCCAGCGAAUAUCUGCAAUUAAGCAUCGUGGCCUCCACAGAUGUGUUGGCCACUGUGCUGGAGGAGAUGCCGUCAUUCCCAGAGCGUGAGAGCUCCAUAUUGACCGUGCUGAAGAAGAAGAAGCCUGGACGUGUGCCCGAGAACGAGAUACGGGAAUCUAAGAGUCCAGCACCCACAUCUGUGGUGCAAAAUAAUACGCACGUGAAUCACAACAAACUUAAUAGCAAUGCAAAUGCGGAUCUGCUUGGUCUGAGCACACCGCCCUCGAAUAAUGUGAAUAAUACGAAUAAUACGCUGAUCGACGUCUUGGGCGAUAUCUAUGGCAACAACAAUGCUGCGGUCUACAACACCAAAAAGUUUCUCUUUAAAAACAAUGGCGUGCUUUUCGAAAACGAAAUGCUACAGAUUGGCGUUAAGAGCGAAUUCCGACAGAAUUUGGGUCGUCUCGGCCUGUUCUAUGGCAAUAAGACACAGGUGGCACUGUCGAACUUCAAUCCCGUCUUGCAAUGGUCGGCGGAAGAUGCCCUGAAGCUCAAUGUGCAAAUGAAGGCGGUGGAACCAACGCUCGAGGCAGGCGCACAAAUCCAACAAUUGCUCACAGCCGAAUGCAUUGAAGACUAUGCGGAUGCACCUACCAUUGAGAUUAGCUUUCGUUACAAUGGUACACAGCAAAAGUUUAGCAUUAAGCUGCCACUGAGCGUGAACAAAUUCUUCGAGCCAACCGAAAUGAACGCAGAAUCCUUCUUUGCCAGAUGGAAAAAUCUGAGCGGCGAACAACAGAGGUCACAAAAGGUGUUUAAGGCGCAACAGCCUUUGGAUUUGCCAGGCGCAAGGAAUAAACUAAUGGGUUUUGGAAUGCAACUGCUGGAUAAUGUGGAUCCCAAUCCCGAUAAUAUGGUAUGUGCGGGCAUAAUACACACACAGACGCAACAGGUGGGCUGCUUAUUGCGAUUGGAGCCCAAUAAGCAGGCACAGAUGUUCCGACUGACCAUUCGCGCUAGCAAGGAGACCGUAACUCGUGAAAUUUGCGAUUUGCUGUCGGAUCAGUUUUAAGCAACGAUUUGCCGCCACACAAACAAACAAACCAAUCAUAUAUAAAUAUACAUAUGUAUAACUAAAAAAAGAUGUUUAGACAAGAACAACCACAAAACAGAAACAAAUCACCACUUUACAAAUGCACAAUCCUAAGAAAAGAGCGUUCGCUAAAUCACCUAGAGAAAUUGCAAAUACCACUUUAAUUACAAAUCAAACAAAAAAAAGAAAGAAAGAAAAGAGAAAUCGUAGUUAUGGCAAAGUUGGCUAAUGUAUGUAAAGUGUUUUCCUCUCGAAAUUUGUGACUUAAGUUAAGUUAAAAAGUAACUCGAGUUUUACCUGUACUUGUACUGUAUGCCUGAGACAACCAUACAACACGCCCACUUGGGCCCCUACACGUACCUAUACACACAUACUUACUUGCAACUGCACGCUGACUUCCCCCCCACAUAGAUGACAAGCUUUCAUUUUUAAAGCUUGCCAGUUUUUGGCCACAAUUUAGAGCUGCAUGCUCGCCAAUUUUUUAUCAACUAGCUCUUAACUUGCGAUCUGUACUCAACCAAUCUUCUAUAUGCAUUAUUCUUUUUUCUUUUACGUUUUCUUUUAUAUACCGCCACAAUUUCUUUGUAAAUGCUAAGCUCAAAAAGUUCAUGUAGUAGUAUUUUUGUGGAGAACAUAAUUAGAUUAUGUUAUAUGACAAAUUACGAAUUGUUGCAUA